AUGGGGAACGCAGAGAGCAUGGAGAGCCAGCUGGCGGUGAUCCGGUCCAGAGCCGCCCCUGUUAGACUCCCGAUGCCUGACCCGGCUGAGCUGGAGGAGAGGUUUUCCAUCGCACUGAACUCGAUGAACCUGCCUCCUGACAAGGUGCGUCUGCUGCGUUCCUAUGACAAUGAGAAGAAGUGGGAGCUGAUCUGUGAUCAGGAGAGAUUCCAGGUGAAGAACCCUCCACACACCUACAUCCAGAAACUGAGAGGCUUUCUCGAUCCAGCCGUCACACGCAAGAAGUUCAGGAGAAGAGUUCAGGAGUCGACUCAGAUGCUCAGAGAGCUCGAGAUUUCUCUUCGCACAAACCACAUCGGGUGGGUCAGAGAGUUUCUCAAUGAGGAGAAUCGAGGUCUGGAUGUUCUGGUCGAGUAUCUGUCCUUCGCUCAGUAUGCAGUCACGUUCGAUGGUGAACAGUCAGAGGCUGGAGGUGAGGUCUCAUCCAUAGACUCUCCCUGGAGUCGGUCCAUAGAGGAUCUCCAUGGAGACUGCAGCCUCCCCUCCCCAUCCUCCUCUGUACCCCGAGCAGCUCGGCACUCCAUCAGUUCAGCUUUGGUGACUCGAUCCAACACUCUGCCGAGUCGUCGAACUCUGAAGAAUUCUCGGCUUGUCUGUAAAAAAGACGAUGUUCACGUUUGUGUCAUGUGUCUGAGAGCCAUCAUGAACUAUCAGUACGGAUUCAAUAUGGUGAUGUCUCAUCCUCACGCUGUCAAUGAAAUUGCCCUCAGCCUCAACAACAGGAACCCCAGGACAAAGGCUCUGGUUUUGGAGUUGUUGGCAGCAGUGUGUUUGGUCAGAGGUGGACAUGAGAUCAUCCUAUCAGCCUUCGACAACUUCAAAACUGUGUGUUCGGAGUCAAUGCGUUUUGAGAAGUUAAUGGAACAUUUUAAGAACGAAGAUGACAACAUCGACUUUUUGGUGGCCUGUAUGCAGUUCAUUAACAUUGUGGUUCACUCGGUGGAGGACAUGAACUUCAGAGUCCACCUGCAGUACGACUUCACAAAACUCAACCUUGACGAACAUCUGGAGAGGCUGAAGCACACCGAGAGCGACAGGCUGCAGGUUCAGAUUCAGGCAUACCUUGAUAACGUCUUUGACGUUGGGACACUGCUGGAGGACGCCGAGACCAAAACUGCUGCUCUGGAACGAGUCGAGGAGCUGGAGGAGAGCCUUGGCACGAUGUCGGAGCGCCUGCUGGAUGUAGAGAAUGAAGCGAUGCUGAAGAUUGUCGAACUGGAGAAACAGCUGAUGCAAACCAACAAGGAGCUGGAUCAUGUCAGGGACGUGUAUGCAAGUGCUAACUCUCAAGUACACACCUUGAGGCGGAUGGUUCGGGAGAAGGACCAGACGAUCCGGCGUCAGAGUCGUCUGGAACGUCAGGCUCAGGAGGCCCAGCAGGCCGGAGGACCAGGAGCUCCGCAACCCCAAAGAGGAGAAGGGGAUGGGGGGGUGGUUGACUCUGCCUCGCCUUCACCUCCACCUUGUCCUAACCUGUCUCCCAGUCCUGAGACGGUAGCCUAUCACAGUAUGGGACCAGGGAUGGGCGGAGCUCCAGGGAUGCCGGCUCCACCGCCUCCCCCUCCUCCACCACCAAUGCCAAGUACAGAGUCCAAUGGGUCGUACCCUGCACCUCCUCCCCCUGCUCCUCCUCCUCCUCCUCCUCCCCCUCCUCCCCCCUGUCGGACCAGCGAGCUGUCCUCUUCUGUCCCCAUGCCCCCCCCUCCUCCUCCUGUGGCCCCUCCUCUCCCAGGGUCAGGCGGGUCACCCACAGUCAUCUUCAACUCGGGACUUGCAGAGGGUCCUCUCAAAUUAUUCUCGGUGAAGAUAAAGAAACCAAUCCAGACCAAGUUCAGGAUGCCAGUGUUGAACUGGGUUGCCCUGAAGCCAAGUCAGAUCAACGGGACCGUCUUCAAUGACAUUGAUGAUGAGUCCAUCCUGCAGGAUCUGGAUGUGGAGGGGUUUGAGGAGCUGUUUAAAACGAAGGCUCAGGGUCCAGCGGUAGACUUGACUCUGUCCAGACAGAAACUUCCUCAGAAAGCGCCGUCCAAAGUUUCUUUACUGGAGGCAAAUAGAGCCAAAAACCUGGCCAUCACUCUCAGGAAGGCCGGCCAGGGGUCAGAGGUCAUCUGUCGCGCCAUCCACACGUUUGACCUGCGGACGGUUCGGGUCGACUUUGUGGAGUGUCUGAUGCGUUUCCUGCCAACAGAGGCCGAAGUAAAGCUCCUACGGCAAUAUGAGAGGGACAGAAAACCUCUGGAAGCUCUGAGCGAUGAAGACCGGUUCAUGAUGCAGUUCAGUCGCAUCGAAAGACUCAGUCAGCGCAUGUCCAUCAUGACCUUCAUGGGCAACUUCACCGACAACGUCCAGAUGUUAACCCCGCAACUCCACGCCAUGAUCGCCGCUUCAGUUUCCAUAAAAUCGUCUCAGAAGCUCAAGAAGAUACUCGAGAUCAUCUUGGCUCUGGGGAACUACAUGAACAGCAGUAAGCGAGGAGCGGUGUAUGGAUUCAAACUGCAGAGUUUAGACCUGCUGCUGGAGACAAAAUCGACAGACAGGACGCAGACGUUGCUUCAUUACAUCGCCAACGUGGUGAGAGAAAAAUAUCCUGCAGUGUCUCUGUUUUACAACGAGCUUCACUACGUUGACAAGGCUGCCGCAGUGAGUCUGGAGAAUGUGCUGUGUGAUGUGAAGGAGCUGCAACGUGGCAUGGAGCUCACCUGGAGAGAGUUUAGUGUUCAGCACAACAGCACGCUCAAAGACUUCAUCAGCAGGAACGAAUCAAGACUCGGCAAGCUGCAGGAGGAUGCACGCAUUGCUCAGGAUGCAUUUGAAGACGUGGUCAAGUUUUUCGGAGAGAGCUCCAAGACAAUGCCGCCAUCCGUCUUCUUCCCCAUCUUUGUUCGUUUCAUCAAGGCAUACAGGCUUGCGGAGGAGGAGAACGAGCAGAGGAGGCGUCAAGAACAGAUGUUACUUGAGAAACUGGAGCAGGAGGAGCAACAGGAGGAGGAGACCAAGUCUCCAUCCCACAGAGGGAAGCGGCAGCAGCAGGAGCUGAUCACUGAGCUCAGAAGACGACAAGGAAAAGACAGCCGCCAUGUUUACGAAGGAAAGGACGGCGCCAUAGAGGACAUCAUCACAGCUCUGAAGACCGUCCCCUUCACGGCCCGAUCAGCCAAACGCAGCUCUCGUUUCUUCUGUGACCCCGCCCACGCCGAGGAGCACUACUGA